AUGUUUACUAAAACCGGUACAACAAUAGUUGGUGUAAAAUUUAACAAUGGCGUAAUACUAUGUGCUGAUACAAGAAGUACUUCUGGACCUAUAGUUGCAGAUAAAAAUUGUGAAAAAAUUCAUUAUAUUACUGAAAAUAUUCAAGCGUGUGGUGCAGGAACUUCUGGUGACAUUACAAGGGUAACACGUAAAGCCAGCAAAGAACUUUCAAUCUUCAAUAAAAAGUACAACAAAAUACCAAGAGUUGCUCAUUGUGUAAGGACCUGUCAACUUCAUCUUCAUCCAUAUCAAGGACAUAUUUCGGCUGCACUAGUGAUCGGAGGUGUUGACGAUACUGGUUUUUACUUAUACGAAGUUUAUCCACACGGAUCGUCUAACUCGGUUUCGUAUACUGCACUUGGUUCAGGAAGUUUAGCCGCUAUUUCAAUUUUAGAAGCUGGAUAUAAAAAUAUGGACAUGGAAGAGGCCAUUAAUCUAGCAUGUAAUGCAAUUGAGGCAGGAAUUUUGAAUGAUCUUUAUAGCGGAAGCAAUAUUGAUGUAUGUGUUAUUACAUCGGAGGGACGAAAAAUGAUGAGAAAUUACAAAAAAAUAGGAGUGAGAAAUGAAUCACAAAAAUUUAUUUAUCCUCAUUCAUCAGUAAAGAUUUCUAAGGAAGAUGUCUUUAAAUAUAUAGUUGAAAAAUAA